AUGGACAUCAUUACUCUCACCAUCGCUUUUAUCCUUCCUGGAUUAAUAUUCAUGGUCACCAAACGAGUGCGCAUUAGAGUAAUCAAACUGGACUCUCGUUGGGAAAGUCUGGUUUGGACAUGGCGUCUAAUGAGGUCAAAACUCGUAUUUCCAGAGACUCUCGACGACUGGUCCUUGCAGGAUCCCAAAGAUUACAACGAAGCUUUUGUCUAUAUACAUAGCUGUUGGAUGUUUGUACUCCCAUUCUUCGUUUCACGAGGAUAUGCGAUGUAUCAGCAGGACCCUUCCGGUAUUGGAAACCUGAACCCUCCUCCCUUUCCACCCGUAGCAAAAGUUACGUCGUACCCGUAUUCUCGGCAAGUCCCCAGUAAGACUCCUACCCCGAGGACUUUGUGGGUGCCACGUAUAUGGGCAGCUCGCGAUUCACUUGGAAGGGAUGUUAUAAUCAAGGUGAUAUCUGAGGUCGACGACCCAUCAAACGAGCUAAAGGUCAUGCAACUCCUUAAUAGCAAAAGGUUGCGAUCCGACCCAUGCAACCAUACCAUAUUUGCUCUCGAUUACAUUACUUUUGAUAAAUUUGUCUUUGUCGUGAUGCCCAGAUGGGAUAGUUGCAUCUUUCCUGAAUUCGAGAGUGUUUCGGAACUUUUGUCAUUUGCUAAAACAGUGCUCGAGACUUUUGAUUUUUUGCACCGCAACAAAAUUGUUCAUUUUGACUGCCUUGCCCAAAACAUUGGCAUGAACGCCGUUUUGGAAACCUCGGAAUCUAGUCGCAGAACAGGAUUGCGGAAUCCAAAAGAAGUCCGAUAUGCCCUUUUUGAUUUCGGAGCUUCUGAAGUUUUCCCUGAGGAUACUAUCAUUGAAGAGGCGCGUACGUCACGGCGCGAUCCCCACUUUGGUUUGCACGGUGUUUCAUUCAACACAAUCUCUUUUCCGUACAAUCCCUUCAGAAUGGACGUCGCUUUCAUGGGAACAUGUCUUCAAACAUACGUCAGGCACCUUGAGAACAGGAUUCCUGAGCUUGGGCCAUUCUUUGACUCGUUGGUUGAUAUCAACAACCCUAACCAGCUUUCAGCUAAACAGGCUCUGGAUCGCUUUGUAGAGAUAUUCAAUGCUCUUAGCCCAGAGCUGGCUAGUGCACCUUGUGAUGGAUUUAUUUGGAAGGAUGGUGUUGUCCGCAAGAGACAUGGUGAUCUGAUAACCAUAACUGAGUAA